AUGGAUGCCAGGGAACCACCAGUCAUUGACUUUGCACCAUUCUACGGCCCAGAGGGCGCCGCAAAGGAACAAUUAAUAAAUGAGUUGCGGCAAGCCUGCAAGGAGUUUGGUUUCUUCCAACUCAUCAAUCACACCAUUCCAGUACGCCUGCAGGAAUCUGUUCUUCAGCAGAGCAAAGAGUUCUUUGACCUUCCAUCAUCAAUCAAAGAAAAAUAUAGCCAAGAGAUCACUGGCGAUAAUCGCGGAUACGAGCGCCUUCGGGCGCAGAACUUCGAGAAACGAGGCAAAGGUGACCUCAAGGAAGGUUUCUCCUUAGGUAACCACAUUCCAUUAGAUGGUCCACAGAUGGCGGCCAAGAAGUUUGCCCAGGGACCGAACAAGUACCCUUUGGAAGUUAGCGAACCUGCUAAAUUCCGAAGCGUCAUGGAUGAGUAUCGAGAUGCGAUGACCUCACUUGCGAAGGGGAUUUUGAAAAUGUUAGCUCGGACUCUACAACUAGAAGACACUGCCUUCGACGCGUUUUGCGUAAAUCCGAUUGCUAUCCUUCGGCUUCUUCACUAUCCGCCACAGGAUCCGGACAACUCAGAUAUUGAGAGAGGAAUUGGUGCUCAUACUGACUUCGGUGCCAUUACCAUGCUUCUCCAAGACGCAACUGGUGGCCUGCAGGUUUGGAACAAUGCCUUGUCCGAUUGGGUAGAUGUAAACCCUGUACCGGGUGCCUAUGUCGUUAACCUAGGGAAUAUGAUGAUGCGAUGGACUAAUGAUCGAUAUCUAUCCAACCUUCAUCGCGUGAUCAACAAGAGCGGUAAGGAGCGCUUUAGUGUUCCAUUCUUCAUGUCUGGUAACCCUGAUUACAUCGUCGAGUGUCUCCCAACCUGCACUGGCGAGGGCCCUAAAUACCCACCCAUAACUGUGGGAGAGUGGAUGGCUGGGCGAUAUGCGGAUACAUAUGGUACAUCGAAUGCAAAGGCAAUGUCUGAUCUGCGAACAGUGCCUUCUUCUUGA